AUGAAGGCAGACUAUUAUAGAGUGGAUGUGGUAUCGAGUUCUGCCCAGAUGAUCACAUGUGAUGUGGUAUACAUUCCACUUCAGUUGUCCUUUAGGGUGUCAAUAGUGUAUGCAUAUAAUACUAGGGAGGAGAGACGGGAGUUAUGGGAUGAAAUAGAGAUGCAAAGUAUUGCUUGUCUGAAACCUUGGUUGUUAUUAGGAGAUUUUAAUUCUGUGUUGCAUAUGGAUGAUAGAUUGGGAGGGAAUCCAGUGACAUUGCCUAAAGUUACUGAUUUUCAGAAUUGUAUUAAUACAAGUGGAUUGCUGGAAGUACCCCACCAAGGGCAGAAGUAUACAUGGAAUGAUAGGAGCAGUGAUAGGAGAAUAUUUUCAAAGAUAGACUGGAUGUUUAUUAAUGCUGAGUGGCUAAACACUAUGCCAUCUUGUAGAGCUGUUUAUCUAGCAGAAGGUAUAAGCGACCACUUCCCUGCUAGAAUAUCCUUACGCAAACAGGCUACUAGAGUCAAGAGAGCAUUCCAGUAUUGUAAUGUAUGGUCCCAACACCCCCAGUUCAAAGAUAAGGUGCAAACAGUCUGGAACACCCAAAUUGAAGGUUGCAAAAUGUGGAAAGUAGUAAGGAAAUUGAAAUUGUUGAAAAAGAGCCUGAAGGAGCUGAAUACACAGGAUUUUAGAAAUAUAGUGACUGAAGCUGUAGAAGAUAAAAUAGCACUGGACAAAGCUCAGGAGAAACUACAAGCUGACCCUCUAAAUAUGUUACUUCAGCAGGAGGAGAGAGCACAAUACACAAAAUAUAGGCACACUUCUUAUAUGGCAGAGAUGUUUCUACAACAACAAAGUAAAGCAACAUGGUUAAAGCUUGGGGAUGAUUGCACCAAGUAUUUCUUUGCUGUUAUCAGGCAUAGAAGGCUUCAACAGGCAAUCACUCAGCUGAAGGAUGAUCAAGAUAUCAACAAGAGUCCAGGGCCAGAUGGAUAUAGUAGUGGGUUUUUCAAAGCUGCUUGGGAGAUAAUAGGAAAGGAUGUUAUAGAAGCAGUGCUUGACUUUUUUAGAAAUGACAAGUUAUUAAAGCAACUCAACACUACAAAUAUUGCUCUGAUUCCCAAGAUACCAGGCCCAGAGUUUGCUAGCCAGUUUAGACCAAUAUCAUGCUGCAAUGUGCUGUAUAAAUGUAUCACAAAGAUGAUUUGUAUGAGGUUGAAAUCAGUUGUAGACCACUUUGUAGCUGAUAAUCAGUCUGCCUUUGUCCAAGGUAGAUUUAUGUUGCAUAAUGUUCUGAUAUGUCAUGAUUUGCUGAGGCAUUAUAAUAGGCAGACAACACCUAGAUGCUUGAUGAAAAUAGACUUGAGGAAGGCUUAUGAUAUGGUAAGCUGGGAAUUUGUGGAGGAGGCUUUGAAUGGGUAUGGGUUUCCAAGGAGAUUUAUUGAGUUAGUGAUGAAUUGUAUUUCAUCACCAAUGUUUACAGUAUGA